AAUUUGCCAGACGGAACGCAAGUUUGAUGGUCUAUGAGAAAAAGUCACUAGAUGCCUAGAAUCUCUCUCUCAUUUUUAUACUUUUCUUCUCCUCUUUUCCUUCUCUUUCUAUAUUCAGAAUCGCUCUCUCUGCUUUCUUCUAGAACAACUCUUCUUCUCUUCCUCCAUCAGAAUCACUAACUGUUGAACUUCUAAAAAUUCGAUAGUGAGAGGUGUAAGAGAUGAUUUGGGGAAUUAUUCGCCGCGGAGUUGCUUCGUCUUGGGUUGCAGGCAAGUCGGUUUCAAGAAUUAGGCCAGCAACAAUCAGGCCAAGAUGUUUCGCACAAAAGGAGGCUAUAGUCAGUGGCAAUAUUUUCCAGAGCUUUAGUUACUCCACUUCCUUAGGCAUUCAUGUAGCAAAGCUAGGAAGGGAAGUUACUAUAUUGGUGCAACCUGAAUAUCAAAUUGGUUUGAAGAAUAGAUCAUUUUCUUCAGAUAGUGGAGACCUAGUUGAUGCUGUUGUCCCUUUCAUGGGUGAAUCCAUUACUGAUGGCACUUUGGCAAAAUUCUUGAAGAAACCUGGUGACAGAGUUGAAGUUGAUGAGCUCAUUGCCCAGAUUGAAACUGACAAGGUGACCAUUGAUGUAGCUAGUCCUGAAGCUGGUGUUAUCCAGAAGUUAGUAGCCAAGGAAGGUGAAACGGUGGAACCAGGUACCAAGAUUGCUGUCAUUUCAAAAUCAGCUGAAGCAGUAACACAAACUGCACCACAAGAAAAGGCAGCUCCAGAGACUCCCCCUCCUGCAAAAAAGGAGAGUGAAAAAACACAAACCCCUACAGCAAAGGCUUCCUCCAGUAAGGAGACUAAAAGAGCACCAUCUGCACCACAACCUGCAGCCAAAGCUCCUUCACCACCUCCUAAACCCACGGAACCCCAGCUUCCACCAAAGGACAGAGAAAGAAGAGUUCCCAUGACAAGACUAAGGAAGCGGGUUGCAGCACGCUUGAAAGAUUCCCAAAAUACAUUUGCAAUGUUGACCACAUUCAACGAGGUUGAUAUGACAAACUUGAUGAAGCUCCGCUCUGAUUAUAAAGAUGCAUUUGUGGAAAAACAUGGAGUGAAAUUGGGAUUUAUGUCAGGAUUUGUCAAAGCUGCAGUUAGCGCACUUCAGUACCAACCAGUUGUAAAUGCUGUCAUUGAUGGAGAUGAUAUCAUAUAUAGAGAUUACAUUGAUAUUAGCAUUGCUGUUGGCACUCCAAAGGGUCUUGUUGUUCCAGUUAUCCGUGAUGCUGGUAGUAUGAACUUUGCGGAGAUAGAGAAGGAGAUCAACACUCUAGCUAAGAAAGCAAAUGAUGGUUCUAUAUCAAUUGAUGAGAUGGCUGGAGGUACAUUCACAAUAUCUAAUGGUGGUGUUUAUGGAAGCCUUUUGAGUACACCAAUUAUCAACCCUCCCCAGUCUGCUAUCUUGGGCAUGCACUCUAUCGUCAACCGACCAAUGGUUGUUGAGGGCAACAUAGUCCCAAGGCCAAUGAUGUACAUAGCAUUGACGUACGAUCACAGGCUGAUUGAUGGAAGAGAGGCUGUAUUUUUCUUACGGCGUAUCAAAGAUGUUGUAGAGGAUCCUCGACGACUUCUCCUUGAUGUAUGAAGAAGUUCCAUAUAAUUUCAGUUUGCUGGUAUACAGGGAAGUCAAUAUAUUUUUAUUCUACAAACCCAGAAUAAAUAUCUCAGAAAAUUGGUGGGAACUUUUGAUGAUAUGCUGAGUUUUUGAAUAGCUAUAUGCACGUGUUUUUCAACAAGAAAUGUUACAGGAUUACAAGUAACAUGGUUGGUUUGCACGCUCAACAGUUUGAAACAUUUUCUUCAGGAUUAUGUAUAAGCUUAUGAACUGUACACGUUGUUACCCAACCAGAAGUGCGCAGGGUUCUGUCUGCAA